AUGUCUCGAUGGCUUUUGAACUAUACCCCGCCAGCUGUUGUUAUUCGUCUCCUCACUACGAACGGGUUGAUUGCUUAUAUAACUUCUUGGGUCCUUUAUCUUUCGGGGGCUUCUUAUGACCCCCGUCUGCUUCUCCCUGCCUGGAUCUCCAUCACGACGACCCUCACCUUCCUCUACCACGCCACGCAAAACCAUGCCACGAUCAAGCGUGAAACGGCGGCGGCGCUGCUCGUCGUCGCGGUCGCCAGCUUCGUGAGCAUGUCCUCCUUGCUCCUACAGUUGCACCUCACCCGCGAGAACGAACCCGAGGUGCCCGUCUUCGUCAUCACCCGGAAACUCUGGGACUGGGCGGUUCAGAUUUUCCUGCGCAUGCGGGUUGCGGACAGUCGGGCGUAUCGUCCGGGCGAACUGUAA